AUGCAAGAGACGGAACUACGCGAUGGAGGAGAUGGGCCGGAAUGCAGCGAUUUAGGAAACGUCGAAAUCCCCCCAACAAUCAAGCACUCCUCAACAUACAAUCAGUCCGACUUUGAAUUCGACCCGAAUGAGGUCAUAGAAGCCCUUUUAGUUGAAUACAAAGCAAGCAAUUUCAAAGGCCUGCUCGAAGGUUACAAACGAGAGAUCGAGAAAACAACGCAUCCCCCGUGUGCGAGAGAAGUGGAAUCGUACAUCGUCGGGGCGGCCUUGGAAUGGGCAAUAGACAGCCCGGACUACAAGCAAAUUUGCAAACGUCUGAUCACACGAACUCAGCAGGCACAGAAAGCGAGCGGAAGCAGCCUGACGAAUCCGAAUGAAACGGUGUCCAUGAUGAAAUACUACGGUAAUCUGUGGGCCAAAGUUUGCGAAGAAUCUCAAAAGAUCCCAGUUUCUGAGGGGCGCGAAGCCUUGCUUGCUAAGCUGACAUGCCCCUCGUGGCUAUUGUUACAACUCUGGCGCGAUAUUAAGAAUAUCAGAAAGGAAAAGACCCUCCUAAUCCUGCCUAUACGCUUUUUGAGAGUAUUCUAUGCUGUUUGGAGAGAGCGCAGCGGUAUCGGUGUGAUUUUAUGA